AUGUCCGGCCCUCAGCGACGGCAGCAGAUGGUCCAGCAGCAGCAGCAGCAGCAGCAGCAGCCUCGUAACGGGCCGUACCAGCCAAGCUACGGCGCUGGUCCCGCCGUGUACGGGUACCAGCCGGGCGUCAACAAUGCGGCGGCUGGACCCGCCUAUGGCGUCGCACCUGGGUACGGCGGCCCAUCUGCGAUGCACCAGCAACAGGCGCAGUUCCUCUACUCGAACCAGCCUGCCUAUGGCCCAGCCGGCCCCUACCCGACGGGCUCGCCUGCCAUGGCAUCCUACGCGGCUCAGCCGGGCAUGUUCGGGCAGCCGCAACCUCAACCAUACCAGCAGGGCUAUGCUGCGCCUGUCAACCCAGGCGUGCCGUCUGGCUUCCGCUCGCCGUACCUCGCGCCCAACUUUGCCGCAGCUAACGGGCCGGCCGUCUCGUCAGCAUCGAGCCCCGGCAACCUCACGCCGCUGUCCAGGCCAGUCCAACAGCUGAGCCUCAGUACCGGCCACAGUCCCAGGCCCAGUGCUGGCAAGACGCGGCUGCAGUCCUUCGUCUUCCCGAGGCCAAGCGAUCCUGACGCAUCUGGGAGUCCAGUAGCAGCAUCGGCCUCGGCGUCAGGCGACGACAGCGGCGCGGUCGAUGAUGGCGACGAAGGCGCUGCUGGUGUCGAGGCAACAACGCAAGCAGCAGGAGGAACCACCACGCCGGCGUCGUCUGCGCUUCCGACCAAGCCAGCCGAUGCGCAAGGCGUUGCAGCCCUGCCGGCCGAAGCGGCAGCCUACACGGUAUUCCAUCCUGGUGCCGCGCCGCUGCCGAUGAACGCGGUGCCGCCAAUCAGACCACAGCCGCUGCUGCCUGCGGCGUCGAUGCAGCGGAUGGGAAGCUUCCCCGGCAAGCGCUUCGAGAAUGGGCAGGCGGUCGGCUACGGUGGUCAUCGACCAGACCUCCAGGCGUCAUCCGGCCUCUUCGGUCAGGGUUCGACGCCUGCGACGGUAGCGGCCGAGAUUGCACUGCGCUAUCCUGCACUGCCGGAGGUGCCAGCCAUGCCCGAACCACCGACAGAACCCAGCCCUGCUGCAGCGGCGCCGCCAUUGGAGGACGUCGGAGAGGUCGCUCAGGCCUAUCGCGAGUACGGCGACUCGCUCAAAGGCAUCAUCGGCGUCUAUAAAAAGAGGGACGAGCUCCUCCGUCUGCGCACCGAGGCUGUCGGCUUCGACCCAAAGAGGGCAUGGCUGGCCUGGGAAGCUGGCAAAGGGGAGGGCGAUGAGAGCGUGCAGGGCAAGAAGAACGGCGAUGCGGAGCAGGCAGGACUAUCCAAGACGGAGAGUACGACGGAGCCGCCGCACCCGAUCCUCGGUGUCCGCCUGCUGCAGAGGGUGGCCGCACUGACGGCCGAGAACGACGAGCUCGGUCGGCUGCUGGAGGAAAAGCUGGAUCUCGCCGACGGAUCCAAGACGACACCGCCGGCGACGACGGAGCUGCUGCAAGAACUGCAGGAUGCGCACCGUCUGAUCGCUGCGCUCGAUGCAGCACUGACCAAGGCCGAGGCGCGGGCCCAAGCAGCCGAACGGGCGCUCGAGGUAGCCUGCGUUACCAACUCGACGGCCAUCCGCGGUCGUUGA